AUGACCAGUCUACUACUGAAAAAGAAGUAUGGAGUCGAGCCGCGAAAGGUUGUGAUCAACACCGAUCGUGCUCAACUCUUCAUUAUGUCCACAUUUAUUCAAACCAUAGACCCCAGAGAGGAUGCAGCUCCGGUGGAGCCCAGUGAUCUCCUGACGCUUCAGGCAAAGGUCAACAAGUAUUUCCCCAAUUGUGAGAUUCACAAUAUGGGUUCCUCGUCUCGGUUUCCCGGUUUCCCGCAUGAUCGGCCUGAGAUCAAAACCGCCGAGGAGUCUUGGCUACCAUUCAUAGAGAAGAUCGCCCAAUUUGAUUCGGAAGAAAUAGAAACUCUCGCAAACGACAAAUAUCGACAAGCUGGCACAAUUUGCUGGUCACCCGAGGACUAUGAAGCGAGCGAACAGGGCAAGGCAAAUGCGCAUGUCGGCCUUUAUGAGAUAUUCCACCAUCCCCAUGAAGAUAAAGGCCCAACUUGGUGGAAUGACAGUCCUGAGACAGAAUUAGCCGAACUGGGAGCGAGCGUGCUGCGUGUCACUGCUCCGCACAUCGCAGACUUCUCAGCCCUGCACUCGGAUUUGAACUGGGGAAAGUGGAAUGCGCACUUGGAUCUGAGAAAGGAGGAAGACAAGGAAACACUUCACCAGUUGAUCCUCGAAAGCGAUAUCGUUAUCGAUGGGCAUCGCCCUGGCGUGAUGGACAAAUGGGGAUUCGGAAAGGAUGAUGUCCUCAAGAUCGCAAAAGAAAGGAAGCGGGGAAUAAUUUAUAUGAGAGAGAACUGCUAUGGAUGGAAUGGACCGUGGUGGUACCGUUCUGGCUGGCAACCAAUCAGUGAUGCAAACACCGGUGUCGCUAUGGGGUACGGCCGGGCAAUGGGUCAUGAAGAAGCAGUUGUGCCUGUUCUCCCUAACUCGGACUAUUGCACCGGAGUUGUAGGAGCGGCUGCCGCAAUUCACGCUCUUCUCAAGCGCAGCCAAGAAGGCGGGUCUUACAGCAUUGACAUCGCACUAAACUAUUACAAUCGCUGGUUGGUUAAGUUUGUCGGAAGUUACCCCGAGGAUGUGUACAUGGUCUGGACGAUGCCACGACUGCUAGGUAUGAUGGUCAAGGCCGGGACGGACGGUAUAUUCUUGCUAGAGCACUUCGAGGUGCGCACUAGCAAGGCGAUCGGUGCGCAGAUCAAGACCGUGAAGCCCGUGAUCAAGUAUGUCAAUGGCCCUGUCGAGUUGAAAUUCAGGGUCGGCACUAGGGGCAAUGGCGUCGACAAGCCUAGAUGGCCCGAGUACCUCUCUACUGAGAUUAUUGAGUGA